AUGCUGCAACAACACGUCUGCAACAACACGUCUGCUGCAACAACACGUUUGCAACAACACAUCUGCUGCAACAACACAUCUGCUGCAACAACACGUCUGCUGCAACAACACGUCUGCAGCAACAACACGCCUGCUGCAACAGCACGCCUGCUGCCACAACACGUCUGCUGCAACAACACGCCUGCUGCAACAACACGCCUGCUGCAACAACACGUCUGCAACAACACGUCUGCUGCAACAACACGUCUGCUGCAACAACACGUCUGCUGCAACAACACGUUUGCAACAACACAUCUGCUGCAACAACACGUCUGCUGCAACAACACGUCUGCAGCAACAACACGCCUGCUCCAACAACACGCUUGCUGCCACGACACGUCUGCUGCAACAACACGCCUGCUGCAACAACACGCCUGCUCCAACAACACGCCUGCUGCAACAACACGUCUGCAGCAACAACACGUCUGCUGCAACAACACGUCUGCUGCAACAACACGUCUGCUGCAACAACACGUCUGCAGCAACAACACGCCUGCUGCAACAGCACGCCUGCAGCAACAACACGUCUGCUGCGACAACACGUCUGCUGCGACAACACGUCUGCUGCGACAACACGCCUGCUGCGACAACACGCCUGCUGCGACAACACGCCUGCUGCAACAACACGCCUGCUCCAACAACACGCCUGCUGCAACAAUACGUCUGCAACAACAACACGCCUGCUGCGACAACACCACGCCUGCAGCAACAACACGUCUGCUGCGACAACACGUCUGCUGCAACAACACGUCUGCUGCGACAACACGCCUGCUGCGACAACACGCCUGCUCCAACAACACGCCUGCUGCAACAACACGUCUGCAGCAACAACACGUCUGCUGCAACAACACGUCUGCUGCAACAACACGUCUGCUGCAACAACACGUCUGCUGCAACAACACGUCUGCAGCAACAACACGCCUGCUGCAACAACACGCCUGCUGCGACAACACGUCUGCUGCGACAACACGUCUGCUGCGACAACACGUCUGCUGCGACAACACGUCUGCUGCGACAACACGUCUGCUGCAACAACACGUCUGCAACAACACGUUUGCUGCGACAACACGUCUGCUGCAACAACACGUCUGCUGCAACAACACGUCUGCUGCAACAACACGUCUGCAACAACACGUCUGCUGCAACAACAUGUCUGCUGCAACAACACGUCUGCUGCAACAACACGUCUGCAAAAACACAUCUGCUGCAACAACACGUCUGCAACAACACAUCUGCUGCAACAACAAGUCUGCUGCAACAACACGUCUGCUGCAACAACAUGUCUGCUGCAAAAACACGUCUGCUGCAACAACACGUCUGCAACAACACAUCUGCUGCAACAACACGUUUGCAACAACACAUCUGCUGCAACAACACGUCUGCUGCAACAACACGUCUGCUGCAACAACACGUCUGCAGCAACAACACGUCUGCUGCAACAGCACGCCUGCUGCCACAACACGCCUGCUGCAACAACACGCCUGCUGCAACAACACGUCUGCAACAACACGUCUGCUGCAACAACACGUCUGCUGCAACAACACGUCUGCUGCAACAACACGUUUGCAACAACACAUCUGCUGCAACAACACGUCUGCAGCAACAACACGCCUGCUCCAACAACACGCUUGCUGCCACGACACGUCUGCUGCAACAACACGCCUGCUGCAACAACACGCCUGCUGCAACAACACGUCUGCAGCAACAACACGUCUGCUGCAACAACACGUCUGCUGCAACAACACGUCUGCUGCAACAACACGUCUGCUGCAACAACACGUCUGCUGCAACAACAUUUCUUUAACAACACGUCUGCUGCAACAGCACGUCUGCUGCAACACGCCUGCUGUUACAACACGUCUGCAGCAACAACACGUCUGCUGCAAAACACGUCUGCUGCAACAACCAACUGCUGCAACAACACGUCUGCUGCAACAACACGCCUGCUGCAAUAACACGUCUGCUGAGACAACACGUCUGCUGCAACAACACGUCUGCUGCAACAGGACGUCUGCUGCAACAACACCUCUGCUGCGACAACACGUCUGCAACAACACAUCUGCAGCAACAACACGUCUGCAACAACACAUCUGCUGCAACAACACAUCUGCUGCAACACGCCUGCUGCAACAGCACGUCUGCUGCAACACGCCUGCUGCAAUAACAGGUCUGCUGCAACACCACGUCUGCUGCAACAACACUUCUGCUGCAACAACACGCCUGCUGCAACAACACGUCUGCAGCAACAAAACGCCUGCUGCAACAACACGUCUGCUGCAACAACACAUCUGCUGCAACAACACGCCUGCUGCAACAACACGUCUGCAACAACACGUCUGUAACAACACCCUGCUGCGACAACACGCCUGCUGCAACAACACGCCUGCAGCAACAACACGCCUGCUGCGACAACACGUCUGCUGCAACAACACGCUUGCUGCAACAACACGUCUGCUGCAACAACAUGUCUGCAACAACACGUUUGCUGCGACAACACGUCUGCUGCAACAGAACGUCUGCUGCAACAACACGUCUGCAACAACACGUCUGCUGCAACAACACGUCUGCAACAACACAUCUGCUGCAACAACACGUCUGCAACAACACAUCUGCUGCAACAACACGUCUGCAACAACACAUCUGCUGCAACAACACGUCUGCUGCAACAACACGUUUGCAACAACACAUCUGCUGCAACAACAAGUCUGCUGCAACAACACGUCUGCUGCAACAACACGUCUGCAACAACACAUCUGCAGCGACAACACGUCUGCAACAACACAUCUGCCGCAACAACACGUCUGCUGCAACACGCCUGCUGCAACAGCAAGUUUGCUGCAACACGCCUGCUGCAAUAACACGUCUGCUGCAAAAACACGUCUGCUGCAACAACACGUCUGCUGCAACAACACAUCUGCUGCAACAACACGCCUGCUGCAACAACACGUCUGCAACAACACGUCUGUAACAACACCAACAAAACGUCUGCUGCAACAACACGUCUGCUGCAACAACACAUCUGCUGCAACAACACGCCUGCUGCAACAACACGUCUGCAACAACACGUCUGUAACAACACGUCUGCUGCGACAACACGCCUGCUGCAACAACACGCCUGCUGCAACAACACGCCUGCUGCGACAACACGUCUGCUGCAACAACACGCCUGCUGCAAAAACACGUCUGCAACAACACGUCUGUAACAACACGUCUGUAACAACACGUCUGCUGCGACAACACGCCUGCUGCAACAACACGCCUGCUGCAACAAAACGCCUGCUGCGACAACACGUCUGCUGCAACAACACGCCUGCUGCAACAACACGUCUGCAACAACACGUCUGUAACAACACGUCUGCUGCGACAACACGCCUGCUGCAACAACACGCCUGCUGCAACAACACGCCUGCUGCGACAACACGUCUGUUGCAACAACACGCCUGCUGCAACAACACGUCUGUAACAACACGUCUGUAA